GGAGAAAAAUCCUAAACAUUUCACAAGGAACUACUUCUCUUUUUUGGGGGUACCUUUCAGAUCUGCAAAAGCAAGAGGAGCGUGGAGAGCUGCUGCAGCCACUGAUCUUCGUCUUGCUGGUCUUGUGCUCUCUUCUGCUGUACUUUAAGGUGUCUCUCAUGGAUCCGGGUUUUGUUAAGUCUGAAGAGGAAGUGGAGGCAGGGAAGAGUGAAGAACAAAGCCUGGUGAUCCCCCAGGCGCCAGGCGACGUUCAGACGCGGCGCUGCGGUUACUGCAUGGUGAAGCAACCCAUGCGAGCCAAGCACUGCCAGCUGUGCCAGCACUGCGUACGGCGUUACGACCACCACUGCCCCUGGAUUGGGAACUGUGUGGGAGAGAGGAAUCACCCCUUCUUCAUAGCUUACCUGAGCGUGCAGCUUGUAGUUCUGCUGUGGGGAGGGCACGUUGCUUGGUCAGGCCUCUACUUUGAACAGUCCUGGGACUGGCUGCAGCACAACAUCCUCCUCCUGGCAUCUUUCCUCCUGAUAGUCACCUUCACGGUUGUGGUCCUGCUGCUGCUGGUGUCACACCUCUACCUGAUCUCCUGCAACACCACCACCUGGGAAUUCAUGUCACCUCACCGCAUCCCCUACCUGCGCCACUCCGAGCUGGAGAAUCCCUUUGACCAAGGGGUGGUCCUCAACCUCUGGAGAUUCUUCUGUUCGUGCCACCUCACUGCAUGGGAGAAGAUCUACUUUCUCAGGAGCAGUGACCCUGUCUAG